CUUUGCGCUUUUGAAAUUGAGAGAGAGAGAGAGAGAGAGAGAGAGAGAGAGAGUAACAGUAACUCUUUUCUAGAGAAAGAGAGAAACAGAGAAGAAGGUUGGUGUUUGUGUUGGUAGCGAUUUGAUCUAAGUAGCCGAGAGUCCGGAAGCAUCUCUCUUCUGUUCUGUGGCAUUGCUGGCUUUGUUUGAUACGGCGGCGAAGUUUCCUUUUCAUUCUUUGAUUGUCUCGUCGCUCAGAGUUUGUUGGGUGCUUUUGUUUUAAAACUCGAAGAGAAGAACGUUUUCAUUUCUUGGCUCUACCAAACGUCGUGUUCGUCUGCUCGAAUUGAAAGGAUGGAGUGGACUGCUUGUCUCGAUGAGUAUGAGAAGCUUGUUUUCCGGAUGAACACUCCUAGGGUCGUGAUUGACAAUGCCGUCUGCUCCAAUGCGACUUUAGUCAAGGUCGACAGUGCUAGAAGGCAUGGAAUUCUUCUGGAGGCUGUUCAGGUCCUCACAGACCUAAACCUCACCAUUAAAAAAGCUUAUAUUUCUUCUGAUGGACGGUGGUUCAUGGAUGUUUUCCAUGUUACUGAUCAAAAUGGGAACAAAUUAACGGACGAGAGCGUUAUCAACUACAUUGAGCAGUCGCUUGGAACAAUUCACUUUGGAACUUCCAACUGUUCUAACGGCCUAACAGCCCUGGAGCUGACCGGAACGGACCGAGUUGGUCUUCUUUCCGAGCUCUUUGCGGUGCUGGCCGAGAUGCAAUGCAAUGUGGUUGAGUCUAAGGUCUGGACACACAACGGCCGAAUUGCUUCACUGAUUUAUGUCAAGGACUGUGGUUCAGGUUCUCCAAUUGAAGACUCGCAUAAAAUUGAUUCAAUUGAGGCGAGGUUGAGGACUGUGCUCAAGGGAGACAAUGAUAUUCGGAGCGCGAAAACCUCAGUGUCCAUGGCCGUCACGCACACCGAAAGAAGACUCCAUCAGAUGAUGUUUGCAGAUCGCGAUUACGAAAGGAAGCCUAUCCUACAGCUUAGUUCUGAUUCUCCGAUCGUAACGGUGCAGAAUUGGGCUGAAAGGAGUUAUUCUGUAGUGAACAUUCAGUGCAAGGAUCGGGCAAAGCUUUUGUUUGAUGUUGUUUGCACGAUGACAGAUAUGGGCUAUGUGGUUUUCCAUGCCACCAUUAACACCGCAGGGGAUAGAGGACACAUGGAAUUUUACAUUAGGCAUACUGAUGGAACUCCAAUCAGCUCUGAACCUGAACGACAUCGUGUAAUCCUAUGCCUGCAAGCUGCUAUUGAAAGAAGAGCAUCUGAGGGUGUGAGACUUGAAUUGUGCACUGAGGAUAGAGCAGGUCUUCUAGCUAAUGUCACUAGAACAUUCCGCGAGGCCGGCCUCAAUGUGACAAGGGCUGAGAUAUCCACCUCAACAGACAAGGCUCAAAACGUUUUCUAUGUCACCGAUGCAAUCGGAAACCCUGCUGAUCGAGAAACCAUCGAUGCAGUGAGGCAGAGAGUGGGGCUGAGUGACUUGAAAGUAAAGGAACUGCCACUGAUUUGCCAUCCAAAGGGUGAAAGAGAAGAUCAAGCUGUUGGGGUUGGUGGGGCAGUGCUGUUAUCACUUGGGAGCUUAGUAAGGAGGAAUCUGUUCAAUUUGGGACUCAUAAGGUCCUUUUCUUGAGGAUGUUGUGGAAGAUUUGGUUAUUUCAGUAGCUGGCAUUUGGCAUUGGAUGGUAUAUUAUUCUUUGCUUGGUGAUUUGGCAUUGUACAUAAAGAGAAAAGGAAGAAGGGAGGUGGAAAUUUGGUGAUAGUAGUUGCUGUUAUAGGUGGGUUUGGUUUGGUUGGAGGAAAAUUGAUAGAGAUUGGCCACUCCACCAAUUUAAAUGCUUUUGUUUGAAAAUUAGUAGAGGGAAAGAACAGAUGGGAAUGUAAAAAAGGGUGUUGGGUGAGUAGUGAAUUAUAUUGGUUUAUUGCUGGAAGGAAAAUAAGAGAAUGUUAGGUAAAAGAGGAAUAGGAAUUUAAGCACCACAGCUAGAUUUGUACAUAGCAACUCUCAUGUUUAAGGGAUUAUUAUUAGUUUUAAUGGUUGACGUGAUAUUUUUUAAUUCAAUGUGUCUAGCUACUUUGUGUC